UGGAGAGAAUAUAUGUUUCUGUUAGGGUUUAAGGAGGAAAGCAAAAUCGAAUGGGAAGCUGCGUCUCGGAUUUGAAGGGAGGGAAGGAAGCAGUGGGAGGGGUCCGCCAUCCCCCUGCCCCAGGCCCCACGCCUCCUCCCGCCCACAACGACGCCGUCGAUUUCUUUUACAGGUCUCGUGGAUUUCAACCUCUCUUCACUCAAAUCGAGCUAUCUCUAUCCGCAAACGACUUACGUGACCGGGACUUUGCAUCAAAGAGUGAUCCCAUGGUAGUGGCGUCUUUAAAGAAACAAGAUGGAAAACUUGAAGAAUUGGGUCGCACGGAAGUCAUAAUGAACUCUUUGAAUCCUAAGUGGAUCGAGAAAAUCAGUGUUGCGUUUCAGUUCGAGAUUGUGCAAUCACUAGUGUUUCAUGUGUAUGACAUUGAUACCAAGUACCAUAACGUCCCCACUAAGACACUAAAUUUAAAGGAUCAAGAUUUUCUUGGCAUGGCAAGUUGCGCUUUAUCUGAGAUAGUGACUAAACAAAGCCGUAGCUUAACCCUGAGGCUCCAAAACAAAAGCGGGCAUGACGGUAGAAGAAACCUUGGGACACUUACUAUUCAUGCUGAGGAGACUUUUAAUUCAAGGACUUGUGUUGAGAUCUCAUUCCGUUGUUCUCGCUUGGAUAACAAAGACAUCUUUUCUAAAAGUGAUCCUUUCUUAAGAAUAUCAAAACUUGAUGAGGGCGGAGGCUCUAUUCCAAUUUGCAAAACUGAAGUCAUCAACAACGAUUUAAAUCCAAUAUGGAAACCAGUUUGCCUUGGGCUUCAGCAGUUUGGAAGUAAAGAUAACCCGUUACUUAUCGAGUGUUUUGAUUUCAAUAGCAGUGGCGAUCAUGUACUUAUCGGUAAAAUGCAGAAGUCGGUUGCAGACCUUGAAAAGCUCUAUAAAGAGAGAACCGGUGAAAAUUUUGUUGCACCAUCUAAACACAGGACAUACGAGAAGGUUCUGGAGGGGCAGCUGUAUGUGGAUAAAUAUUUCGAAAAGGAGCAGUUCAGCUUUAUUGAUUACAUAUCUUCUGGAUUUGAAAUGAAUUUUAUGGUUGCAGUAGAUUUCACGGCUUCAAAUGGAGAUCCUCGACGUCCAGAUUCCUUGCACUACAUAAGUUCACCUAGCCAGUUUAAUGCAUACCAGAAAGCUAUAAUGGAGGUUGGGGAGGUUAUUCAGUUCUACGAUUCCAAUCGACGCUUCCCUGCUUGGGGCUUUGGAGGAAGGACAUGUGAUGGCACCAUUUCCCACUGUUUUAACUUGGAUGGCAAUUCAGGUGCCUCUGAGGUUGAAGAAGUUGAAGGCAUAAUGGCCGCUUAUUCAAGAGCUUUACACAAUGUCAAUCUAGCAGGACCCACUCUAUUUGGCCCCGUUAUAAACAUGGCUGCGCAAAUAGCUGCUCAUUCCCUUUCGCAUAAUAGCUCCAAGUACUAUGUAUUGCUUAUCAUCACGGAUGGUGUUGUUACAGACCUUCAAGAGACAGUCAAUGCUCUGGUCAAAGCUUCUGACCUGCCGUUGUCGGUUCUCAUAGUUGGAGUUGGAGCAGCUGAUUUCACGAGCAUGGAGGUUUUGGAUGCUGAUAAUGGACGUAGGUUAGAAAGUUCUUCCGGUCGUAUUGCUACAAGGGAUAUAGUGCAGUUUGUUCCAAUGCGAGAAGUGCACAGGGGAGAGAUCUCGGUUGUACAAGCUCUUCUGGAAGAACUGCCACAACAAUUUUUGACUUUCGUGAGAAGCAGGGACAUCCAGCCCAUCAAGCCACGUCUCUCUCAUCCACCCACUAGUCAAUAGAGUUCACCUUUGACAUCAACCCGUGCAACAAAAAGGAUUUCUUUU